AUGCAUGCCGGCCCGUCGGACGAUGAAGGCCAAACUCUUUUCAACUUCCCGUCCGUGCCAGGAGAGAAGUAUCCAGUAAAACAUCGACGACAAACCGCCAGAUGUUGUGGCGAGCAUCUGAUCUUUAGCCUCUUAUUUAUAACACUCUUGAUUCCCCUGACGCUGAGCAUCCUUCUCGUAUACGGCGAUGCUAUCGACUGGCACUUACCCGGAAACCUAUAUACGGUUGUAAAUGAAUAUCGAACAUCAGUCCAAACCGGGGUGCAGGUUAUUUCAGCUAUCCUUGCGGGCCUCGAAGUCUUCGCACUUUGUCGACUUAUCAAUCUGGCAACACGAAUCCAUUUCACCAAAGCCCCCGUUUCGCUCAACAUGCUUGGCUUCUGGUCAGCGCUCUCCACUCCUACAACAAAUUGGGGCCAGCCCUUCUGGAUGAUCCUGAUCACCCUCUUACUCAGCAACGUUGCAACCGUUUUCUCUGCUCUAUGGACGGGCGCCCUGACCCCAAUCAAUGCCAUCGGCACUCGAAACACCACCAUUCAUGUCCCCGACUGGUCCAACAUCAGCCUGAUUCAGGAAUAUCCAAGUCAGAUCGAUCGGACAGGCUUGAACGUCCGCAACGCAGAUGGCCACUUCACCUUCUCCGUCGGAGUAGGCCUCCUCGGAUCAUUGCUCGCCUCGGCCAACUCAGCCUCGCCGGUCGAUGGCGGCGUUCGGAGCCACAAUAAACUCGACAACACCCGCUACACCUACUACGGCCGCUCAUACAGCGCAGGAUCAAGCGUAGGGCUCCUCGAUCAGUCCGUGCUCGACAUUUUCCGAGCGACCAAUUACACCUACAGUGAAAUCGGCUUGUCAACCACCGUCUCCUGCAUCCACAACAGCAGCUCAGAGUUCAUCCUCUCGGAUGGACAGGACGUCGUCUAUCCCGCCCAAGGCAAGCUUCCAGAUAGCACCGAUCGGGAAUACUCUAGUUACAUAGGCUAUAGCACCAGCGCGAUCGUCGCAAUCGGCGUUGCAGCGCAACCGUCCACGCACACUGCAAAACGAUACAUGGCGUUCGCAGCAGGCGACUACUACAGCGAUCUCGACAAAGUUCAAUGCGCCGUUACGUUUGUUCCGACAAGAUUCAAUGUCACAGUGAACAUCAGCGAUCGCAACAUUACCGUGCGCAAGGUAAUUGAGUCCUCGACAUCAGUCCACGACAUCGAUCCGCAUCACAACAUAACGCACGUCACGAUGCGACAGCUGGAACUCAUAUCAAAUGACCAAACGUGUUUCUACCGCUCGACGGUUGGCGAUACAUUCAACGCGAGUAUCAGCGACUAUCGAACCUCUAUCACGAAUUCAACGAAGGGAAACAUCACCGAGUCGGCAAUCAUAAUGAAGGGGGUCGAGAACGCCCUUACCUCUUUACUUGAUGAUAUGCUGGUAGCUUAUGCAUCUGCACAAAGCAUAGUCGCUGGGUUCAAGAAGCCCGCGCCAACACUUGUGUACGUUGCUGCUCUUCGUGUUGGAUCACGAGGAUACAUCAUUUCGAGCGCGUCUAUCAUAGUUAUAAUUAUAGUUUUGGUUAUUGCCGAGGCUAUUCGCAUGCGUGGAUGGAGGGAAUUGCCUAUAUUUGAUUAUCUGGACGAUCGGAUGCUAGUAGUUGGGGCAUCAGAUGGUGGGCGAGGAAUAGCGGAAUAUGCAGAGCGGAAUGGGAAUGCUAAUUUGGAUCAUAUUCCUAUCGUUUGGAGGAAGAAAGGAGACGGUGGUUUGGGUGAAAUCUCAAUAAAGACUACUGUAGACGAAGACACAGGUAUUGUUUGUGUACGAGGGAAGGUUGUUGACCAAGAUGGCAAUGGUAUGCUUUGA